CCGCCCUCUAUAUUUUUAGUCGUAUUUGGAUUUUUAUGCAAAAACAUAUUAAAAAUUGAACACGUUGUCCGUCCCUUUCUAGUAUCCUUAAAACCAACAAAUACAAUCAUCAGAAGACGAUUUCACAAUGGAAAUAAAAAUGCAGCAUUAUUUAGUUUUUCUGGUACUCAUAAUUGUAGCAACAGGGAGUCCUAUUAAGAAGCUCUUCCGAGGUAAACAACAAGAUACUGAAAAAGAUAAGCUCGAGAUUGAACCACCAGAUCAUAUAGAGGGCGUACAUAUGCAGCGGGAUGGUACCCUCAACAGAGAGUACCGCCAGGAAGUGUUCCUCGGCCCCGAUCAUGACCAUUUUGAGAAGUCUGAUGAUGGAACUGCCAAAAAAAUGCUGACCAAAGUAUUUCAUGAUGUUGACGACGACAAGGAUGGUAGCCUAACAGAAACUGAAUUAACAAAUUGGAUUUUUUCAAGAACUGAGGAACACUAUGCAAAAGCCAUCAAGAAAAAUAAGGAGAUAUUCCCAAAGGUUGACAAAGACGGUGAUGGCAUCAUACACUGGCCCGAGUAUCGUUUGCAGUUCUUGACAUCAAGAGGCUACACAAAAGAAGUGAUUGACAGGCUAGCGGAAGCCGAUGGACCAGAGGACAUCCUAAAGGAACAUGACGAGGAUGAUUACAUUUUGUAUCGAGACAGAUGGGCAAGAGCCGAUGAGAAUGGGGAUGAUAAUCUCGAUGAAAAAGAGUUUCUAGCGUUUCUUCAUCCAGAGCACUGUAAAGAUACCAUCAUGUCACUAGUAGAUGAAAUUCUUCAUGACAUGGACCAAGAUGAUGAUAAAACUUUAUCGUUAGCGGAGUUUGUCUCACUGCCUCUUGGACAUGAAGAUGUUCUAGAGAAAGAAACAGAGGAGGAUGAAUGGGUUAGAGAAAGAAGAAAAGAAUUUGAACAAAAUAUUGAUCUUAACAAAGAUGGAAAAGCUGAUGUUGACGAAUUAGGGAAAUAUAUGGACCCACGUAAUCGAAUACAUGCAGAGAGUGAAGCACGGAAUUUAAUCAUAAUGGCCGAUGACGACCAAAAUGAUAAAAUAUCACUGAAAGAAGUUCUAGACAACUACAGCCUCUUCAUUGGUAGCAAAUUGGUACAUUUUGAUUGGAAAGUUCACGAUGAGUUUUAAGCCACAUGGAAGCAAGCAUUUCUUUGUUAACACGUUGACUGCCAUGAACGAUGAGGGUGCCACGAUGAACCAAUGAGAACACUUGUUGAAAAUGAAGUACAGUGUAUUACGGUGUAUUACUAUUUGCUGGACCACAAAAUCCUGGCAAGCCAUUCAGUAAAAAUACAUACAUAAUAAUUUUUAAAUAAUCAAUUAUAUUCUUUUUUAAAUUGUAGUUUACGUGAGAAAGAUAGUCAUGUGGUGGCACCUUCCACAAUAAAAAAAACUUUACAAAAGUGUUAUAAACCAGAAACAGUAUAACUGCGUAUGGUUGGCUGUUCUAGAAUGUGAUACAGUAUUUUAAAAUUAAAGAUGCAGUAAGUUGCAUCCUGAUGAUGACAUAAUUAAUGUCGAAAUAUUGAACCCCAACACGAUGGCGUGCAUUUCAAUACUUGGAGUAUGUAUUAAUCAGUGGACCUUUCGGUUUCAGUAAGUUGUUAUUUAUUAUAAAAAUUGUUUGAUGAGUAAAGCUUGUAACUGGCUCUGGAAAAAUAAUUUUAAAAGUUGUUUCAUUGCCAGAGAAAAGUUUGCUCAACUGUCCUGUACUAUUUUCCCCAAAUUUAUUUUUAAUAAAUUUAUAAAGUUUCUUUAGAUUUAGGGUUGGUCAGAAAUGGGCCACGCAUGUUAUUUUUUAUUUUUUUUUUUUUGUUGGGUGGGGGGGGGGGGGUUGUUGGUAU